AUCAUACUUAUCUCAAGAAGCUUCUGAAAAAAUUUCUUCUCAUAAAAUCCUUAAAAGAACAUUAUCAGAAGAAACCUUUAUAGAAGAAGGCAUGCAAGGAACUUUUGAAAGGACAUUAUCAGAAGAAACUCUUGUAGAGGAGCUAAAUGGCGAGAAUUAUCAAUCAGAAGUAGUGCCAAAAAAAAGGGCAUUAGAUGAUUCCGAUUCACAAUCUGAAGAAAUUUUUAAAGCCACCAAAUGCAAUAAUAAUGAUAGUCCAAGAUGUUUUUCUGCUCCAAAACUCACAAUGCUAAUGGUUCUAGGAGAAAAAGGUUCAGAAAGUUCAGGACUGCGUAAACAGUUGCAAAAGCAACAAGAGAGACUAUAUUAUAGUAAAGCAGAUUCGAGAGCCGAAA